AUGAAGGUUGAGGCUACAGGACCCAAGCCUUGUUCCUACUCCAGAAAGGCCACAGAUGACGAGGGCUUGAAGGUCCCAGUAAAGGAGCAUGGUGGCUUUGCUGCCGCGAGUCUUUUAGCUCUAAGAAGGCUGCCCGUGUCUCACCUGAACUUCCAACUCCUGCCAGACUCCACAGUCAGUCCUGAGGAAGGCAACCCCUUCUUCCACUCCGUGACCAUUGGGCCAUCCUUCUACCUUAUACAUGUCUACCACCUGUGUUUUGCAGAGGUGGUCGGUGUGGGCUGUGUCCUGGAUGGCGUACGCUACAACAAUGGCGAGUCCUUUCAGCCCAACUGCAGGUACAACUGCACCUGCAUUGAUGGCACGGUGGGCUGCACACCACUGUGCUUGAGCCCCAGGCCCCCGCGCCUCUGGUGCCGACAGCCCCGGCAUGUGAGAGUCCCUGGCCAGUGCUGCGAGCAGUGGGUGUGUGACGAUGAUGCCAGGAGGCCACGCCAGACUGCACUGCUGGACACCCGAGCCUUUGCAGCUUCGGGUACAGUGGAGCAAUGGCACGGGAACUGCAUAGCUUACACUAGCCCCUGGAGUCCAUGCUCAACCACCUGUGGCCUAGGAAUCUCAACACGGAUCUCUAACGUCAACGCCCGGUGCUGGCCAGAGCAGGAAAAUCGCCUCUGUAACCUGCGGCCGUGUGAUGUGGACAUCCAUUCACACAUCAAGUUCCCAUCCUAUCAGAAGCAAGGAGAACUCAGGAACCAUGGAACGUGUUCUUUCAGUAGUGAUUCCGAGGGAUCUGCAGCACCUUUCAUUCCCACGGCAUCCCACACCCGCCUGCAUGUGUGAAGACUGCUAGAACCGGAGACACGCGGGGUCAAAUGCCCCUCUGCUGUUAGAAUUUGCUGCUUUCGCCAGUCUCCUGCUCUCAUUAAACUGCAGCCCCUUUCCCAUGAGU